ACAAGUCCACAACGCCGAGCAUCAAGUCCCCACUCCACGAUCCACCACCCAUCCUUUUACUCUAAGCCCCCCAGUGCCACUAUAGGAGACCCUAAAGCUCCAUAAUAAUGGAUGGAACAAAGCCGGCCAUGGACUCCAACGCGGAGGAGACUCAAGAUGAAGGACAGGAAAGCAAAGGAUGCUUCGAGUGCUGCAUCAAGUGUCUGGGCGGGGUGCCCUACGCUUCCCUGGUGGCCACCAUCCUCUGCUUCUCCGGCGUGGCCCUGUUCUGUGGCUGCGGCCACGUAGCGCUCACCGGCACCCUGACCAUGGUGGAAAACCACUUCUCCAGGAUCACCAGCGACCACGCCAAUCUCACCAUGGUCAUUCAGAUCUUUCAGUACAUCAUCUAUGGCAUUGCCUCCUUCUUCUUCGUCUACGCCAUCAUCCUGCUGGGUGAGGGCUUCUACACCACUAGCGCCAUCAAGAAGGAGCUGCAGAGUGACUUCAAGACUACCGUGUGCGGACGCUGUAUCACCGCCUUCUUCAUGUUCCUGACCUACAUCCUCGCCCUAGCCUUCCUUGCCAUCUUCGGCUUCACAGCCAUCCCGGUGUUCCUCUUUUUCAACAUGUGGAACACCUGUGCCGCCAUGAGGUCCCCGGACUCCAACAUCACCUCGCCCGACUCCAUCUGUGUGGAUGUCAGGCAGUAUGGUAUCAUUCCCUGGAAUGCAACACCAGGAAAAGCUUGUGGUGCUACUCUGGGAGAUAUUUGUAACACCAGUGAGUUCUACCUGUCCUACCACCUCUACAUUGUUGCAUUUGCCGGUGCUGGAGCGACUGUCAUAGCACUGCUUCACUACCUGAUGAUUUUGUCAGCCAACUGGGCCUACCUGAAAAAUGUCGUCUCCACGCACGACUAUCAGGACAUCAAGACUAAGGAUGACCAAGACCUGGAGGCUGAGGCACGCUCCAAGGAGGGCCAGAACUCGUCCUCCUACUCAUAAGCAUCAGCGACCCUGCUGCUUCCAGCACAUCCCAUUUCUCUCCCCACCCCUCACACCUUAAACCACCACCCCACCCACCGUAGGACCCAUCAGGCUCCUUCAUGAAAAAAAUAAAAUAAAAUAACAACAACAAAAAAAAAAAAAACACCCUAGUUGGAGUCAAUAACCCCACCAUCUCCUGAGUCUCUCUGCUCUUCCCUUCCGCCAUGUUGGGUGGAGUGGGCGUGUUUUCCCACCAGAAGGGAACAGGAUUGAGGGUCAGGAGGAAGAGCAAACGCCCACCCCGCCCCCUCCGCCCCAAAAAAAGGUUCUGCAUGGGAGAGCUCGUCUGUCAGGCUUGAGCCCACAUACAGUCCAUGGGUUUUACGAAGCAUCUCCUGGCUGUUGAGUUGCGUCUCGUCCGAGUGGCCCGACUGAUGUCCUUGCUCGCCACCCCAGCCGGCACAUCCUUUCGACGCACGGCCGAAAUAAACAUUGUUUACUGUCAGCGCCUGCCAUGUGGAAGCCAGACAGUAAUCAACUCCCUCUCUUUUUUUUUUUUUUUGAUGUUUUAUAUACACAUAUAUAUGAAUAUGAAUAUAUUGUGUGAAUGUGUGCGAAUGUUGUUGUUUUUUAAUACUUUUGGAAAACGCCAGGUACUCUUGAGAUCCUCUUGUGUUUUCAUUUUACUUCUCUACAUUGAUGACUCUUUAUUGUUGAUGUUCGAAAUAUUGUUAUUGUACAAACGAGAAAAAAUAUAGACUGUCCCCUUAGCAAAGCAAGCCAUUUUAAGGCUGUAUUAGCACCCAUGAUUUGGCAUUUUGGGAAACGCUUACCUGCGCUUCAAUGCACUGGCGAAGGAUUUUAAUGCUCAGUCAUUCAGACCAAAGCUAACAGUUGUAGUCGCUUAAAAAUUGAUUUUUGUGGCGUGUUUCGUGCUCCAAACCAAAACAAUCAAUCAUUCAAAUACAGAGAAAAUAAUCAACUUAACAAUAAUGGCUACUUUCAAAUGGUCUAAAUCGGGGUGCCCAAACGUGUUUGACCAAAGAUCUACUUUUCGAUUAACCAACCACCCGCGAACAACCCGUUAGCGCC